AUGCCUCCAAAGAGAAAAGCAACUAGCUCCAAGACGAAAGCCGUGGCGACGCCCACCGCAGAAGACCACCUGAAAGUCUUGCGGGAAGCGCUGCAGCAGUCGACGCCAUGGACGUCUGGCUUGCUCGAUGUCCGCCCAGACGAGCUCGUUCUCUUCUACAAGCACGGCGCAGGAGAGGACGACGCCAGACACAUCAGUUUCAACAACGCGACUGAGGAACAGCUCAAACGGCUUGCUGAGAGCUGCACGCGUGCGACGUUCGGCAGAGGCACGGAGGACAUCCUCGACGAAAGCUAUCGCAAAGCCGGCAAGCUUGACUGCGCGGACUUUGCUGCCUCGUUGGACGUCGGCACGUUAAGACUGGUGGAGGCGAUCAGCCCUGACUUGCUGGAUGGACGGGACGAUGUGGAGGACAAGAACAUCAAAGCGGAGCUAUACAAGCUCAACGUUUACGGUCAGUUGUCAUCACACAAAGACACGCCCCGCGCCGGCGUCAUGAUCGGCUCUCUCGUCGUUGUGCUGCCUACCGCCCACUCUGGCGGUGCGCUUACCCUCUCGCACGGAGACAGCACCACGAGCUUCGACUCUGGUGCUCUCCUCGCUGACAAACCCUCAUCGAUUGCCUACGCCGCGUUCUUCAGCGACGUCACUCACGCUGUAGAGGAAGUCACCUCUGGCUAUCGGGUCACGCUUACCUACAACCUCUUCCUUCUCGACGCGCCCACUGCUCGACUUGUCCCCGGCCGGCAGGUAUCGGCGGCAGAGACUGCCUGCGAGGCUGCGCUCCGGGCGCUGAUGGCUGAUCCCACCUUUCUCCCAGCCGGCGGGCUGCUCGGCUUCGGUCUCCAGCACCAGUACCCUGUGCCGCGGACCCCGUCUGAUCCAGCAUCACUCGAGCGCGUGACCACGGUGCUGAAAGGCGCGGAUGCGCGGAUGCAGAGUGUCGCGGCGCGGGUGGGGCUGGAGAGCGUCGUGCUCGGGGGGGUCAUCGAUCUGGAGGGCAUGUGGGACGAGACCGGGGAGACGUCGCGGGCGAUUGAAGAGGUGGGCGAGGUGUUACGGACUGCGCGUGACAGCGAAAUCGGGGUGAAGCCAAAGAAAGGGAAGAAGGAUUCGGAGCCCGAGUCGGUGUCUGCGUCGGAAGACGAGAGCGGCCCGAAGCGCACGGCCAUCCAUUGGGUUAGAAAACUGACGCAACUCAACCGUGCUGAAUCAGCGUUCAUUGCGAUGGGGAACGAGGCGGACCUGGUUCAUUCGUAUGGAGAUGCGGCGCUGUUGGUGCGGUUCCCGCCGAGUGGACAGAGGGGAGAGUAA